UCUCUGCAGAGACACCAUCACAACCUUUGACCUUUCUGAGCAAAUGAGAAGGAAGAACAGAGGCCUGGAGGUUUACGGAGACGUCCUUUGUAAGAGAUCAUUUAGCAGGCGGUGCCCUGUUCCAAGUGCACCUCUCCUUUGUUGCUCGCCUCAGAGCUGUUUUGAAAUAUGUGCAAAUUGUCAGGUUAUCUAACUGCAGCUAACUAUCCAAAAGAUUUCCUCCCACGGUUAUAAGAAAAGGUGCUUAAGAGAGAAGCACAAUCCAGCCUGUGUUGAAACUCACUCCCAGAGGACUUUGUUUCUACAGCUCUCCAGCCUGAGCAGAGAGCAGCGGUGGCUCCCAGGACUCAGAGGCAAAAGCAGAGAGCAAGCUUCCAAAGCCAUGACGAAGACAACCACUUGCAUCUAUCACUUCCUUGUUUUGAACUGGUACAUCUUCCUCAAUUGCUACAUCCCACAUAUUGGAAAGGACAGUGAGAAGUUAAAGGAAUUCCAUGAUGGCGGACGGUCGAAGUACUUGACUCUCCUUAAUCUGCUCUUGCAGGCCAUUUUCUUUGGGGUCGCCUGCCUGGAUGAUGUGCUGAAAAGAAUCAGAGGAAGGAAAGACGUCAAGUUCAUCACAUCCUUCAGAGACCUGCUGUUUACCACCUUGGCUUUUCCUGUAUCCACAUUUGUAUUUUUGGUAUUCUGGGGCCUCUUUUUCUAUGAUCGAAGCCUCGUUUACCCCAAAGGCUUGGAUGAUUUCUUUCCAGCAUGGGUGAACCACGCAAUGCAUACCUCCAUAUUCCCCUUUUCACUGAUGGAAACCAUUCUCCGACCACACCGCUACCCACCGAAGAAGCUAGGCCUCUCCUUGUUGGGUGCUUGUAACCUUGCCUACAUUAUCAGGGUCCUGUGGCGCUACUCUCAGACCGGAAACUGGGUGUACCCUGUGUUUGCCUCCCUCAACCCACUGGGUAUUAUCAUCUUCUUCUCGGCCAGUUACAUCCUGAGUGCCGGCAUCUACUUGCUUGGAGAGAAGAUCAAUCACUGGAAAUGGGGUACCACAGUGAAGCCAGGGAUGAAGAAGAAGUGACUACACACUAUUUUCCAAGAGCCAUGGAAGAAGAAACAUAAGAACUGGUCAUCUUUCUAUUAUUCUCAUUAUUAUUAUUUCUUUGGGGAUCGGUGGUGGAAUAGCAUGGGGAGAUAUAAAAGACAGAGAAUGAUGCAUAAGUUUAAUAAAGCCUAUGAAGGGAGCUUCA